GGCUGGAUUUCUAUCCGGUGUCUAGCUGGGAUGGUGCGUGUUCUAAAGUACUUAAAAACCAAUAAUUCAUCAUGCAGCUUCGGAAACUACAGCUUGAAGCAGGGAGUUCGGUGUAGUUAACCAAAAGUUGUGAAAGGCUGACAGUAGUCGUUCAAACAGUUACAACGCGUUUAAAGCGUUUCUUUUGUUCUAAGAUUCUCUAACUGAUUAGUGGUAGUUGAGAAGAAAGAAAGUUUGGCCAGUGCAACUCUGUUUCCACAUUUUAUGUGAACAUCGCUUUUCAAUAAGCCAUCGUAUUCGUGUGCUAAGCGACAGAAGUUUCGGCAAAAGAUAUUAGUUCAGUAACUACAUGAACCAGUUGACAACUGUUUCCAAAUCUAUACUGACUGGUAAUGGAUUAUUUACACAUAUGGUACCACGUAUAUAGCUAAUCUUCUAAAUCAAACGUGAAAUCCAAAACAUUCCAGCUUUCAACAUGUGAGAUAGAUGUUCAAGAUUGCUGAAGUAUUCACAAUGUUCACUGCUCUCUCAUUCCUCUGUUGCCUUGGAUAUUGUUACCACGUUACGGUUGCUGUGGACCGACAAAAGGGGCCCGUUUUUCUUCAAGAACCUCCACAUAAUAUUGACUUUUCAAACACAACCGGAGCUGUUAUUCAAUGUUUAGCGCAUGGUAAUCCUUCUCCAACGGUCAGUUGGUCAGUGAAUGACAGGAUAGCGGUCAGUGAUGUCACAGGUCUCCGUUACGUACGUAGUGAUGGAGCACUUGUUUUCCCUCCAUUUCGAGGUGAAGAUUUUAGACAGGAGAUCCAUGACGCCACCUACCGGUGCAUUGCUUCUAAUUCAGUUGGCACAAUAGGAAGUAGAGAAGUUAAAGUCAAAGGUGUUGUGCUACAAAGCUACGUGGUUGAAGUUUACAAAACAUAUGCAGUCAGGGGAAACACAGCUGUAUUAGAAUGUCACAUUCCAGACUUUGUCCGAAAAUACGUUACGGUGACGUCAUGGCUGAAGGAUGGCUCUGUUGUCAUAUAUCCAACAUUCACAGAGGGUCGAUACACCGUCUUUCCGUCUGGAAAACUGUAUAUUCGACAAGUGGAGUCCUCUGAUAACAACAAUUGGUACCAAUGUCAAACUCAACAUAGACUGACUCAAAAAAUUCACACUAGCGCCACCAAGGGCCAACUUGUGGUAACAGAACCUACUAUUAUGACACCAAAAAUCAUAGAUAUUAGACGACGUGUGGUGGUGAAACAAGGAGAAACAGCAGAACUACCUUGUGCUGCAAGGGGUUAUCCUGUACCCUCCUAUUUGUGGUACAAACACGAUGGAGUCCAAUUGAAGCCCAUAAAAAAUGGAGUCAGGCCUUUUCUGGUGGAUGGAAUAUUGAGGAUACGAAGCGUUAGGACAGAAGACGGAGGAAGAUACAUCUGUCUUGUUAACAACAGUCUUGGCUCAGAACAAGCGGAAACUUAUCUUACUGUAAUAGAGCCUUUAUCGGUCGAAAUACACCCUCGACGCCAGGUGAUUGACAUAGGAAAAUCCGCUUCGUUUAACUGUUCUAUCUUAGGACAACCAAUUUCGAACGUGGAAUGGAGAAAGGACCAACAGCCACUAGAGGGCGAAAAGAAGCGCCAGUUGGUAUCAAGAAAUGUUGUAUACAUUUCAUCAGUUGGAAGAGACGACAAGGGGAUGUAUCAAUGCUUCGUGAGUAGUGACUGGGAAUCUGUGCAGUCAGCUGGAGAGCUGAGUCUAGAAGAGGAUGAGCCCUCACUUCAAGAAAAGUUUAGUGGACAGACCUUACAGCCUGGUUCAUCUUUGACUCUAAGGUGUGUGGCACAGGGUGGUCCUCUGCCUCAGGUUACAUGGUCCUUGGAUGGAAUCUCCAUUCCCGACAGUCCUCGUCUACGUAUGGGGGAUUACGUCACCCAAUAUCAGCGUGUUAUAAGUUAUGUUAAUAUCUCUAAUAUUCAACCGGAAGAUGGCGGCACCUAUAGCUGCAAAGCAGGAAGUGAUGUUGGAGAAGUCAUUCAUUCGGCUAAAAUUAAUGUGCUUGGUCCACCUUUUGUACGGCCUAUGAAGAAUGUUUCUGUGGUGGCCGGGGAGAUUAUGAUACUACAUUGUCCGGUUGGUGGCUAUCCUAUUGACUCUAUAGUAUGGGAGCGUGAGGGCGUCCGUCUUCCGUACAACCACCGGCAGAAGGUUUACCCAAAUGGAACUCUAGUGGUGAAAGACAUCGAAAGGGUACGUCCAGUAAUUGACCCUUUCAGUUUCCCAGCCUCUGUCCACCAGGGCCAACGGUUCACAGCCAUAUGUACCGUCAUCAAAGGAGAUUCUCCUGUCCGGUUUACUUGGCUUAAGGAUAAACAUCGGCUUGAAGACUACCUGGACAUUCGUGUUGUCGGAGUUGGUGAGUUUUCAUCCACUUUGAUCUUCAACUCAUUGCGGCCUGAGCACCAUGGAAACUACACGUGCAUCGCGAGCAACUUAGCAGGUUCCGUGAGUCACACAGCAAAAAUGAUAAUUCACGUACCUCCUAGGUGGAAAGUAGAACCACGUGAUAGUUUUGUGAUUAAAGGUCACUCCGCCCUCAUAGACUGCCAAGUCGACGGUUUUCCUCAUCCCCGAAUUCGCUGGACUAAAUCCGCAGUAGACACACCCAGAGAUUACCGACCCAUCAGCAGUAGCUCUCGUCUGUACGUGUACGAAAAUGGUACAAUGGCCAUCCACAAUGCACAGAAAGAAGAUGCAGGAUUUUAUUUAUGUCAGGCUUCUAAUGGAAUUUCUCCUAGUAUCAGCAAGGUCAUCAAAUUAAGUAUACAUGUUGCUGCUCAUUUCACUACAAAGUUUCGAGCUGAAACAGUGAGUAGAGGCUACAACGCUAAAUUAAAAUGUGAAGCCAGAGGUGAUCGACCCAUAUCAGUUGUGUGGAUGAAAGAUAAACAUUUGUUUCAUCCUCAAGAUGCCUCAAGGUAUAACAUCAAAAAAACAUUACAUUCUAAUGGCAUAACGUCAUUGUUAAUCAUCCACGAUACUGACAGGCGAGAUUCUGCUUUGUUCACUUGUGUAGCAUCCAAUCCAUAUGGCAGUGACGACACGAACAUCAAACUUAUAAUACAAGAGCCUCCGGAUACCCCUCAAGAAUUAAAAGUUAAGUUGGUCACCAGUAGAAGUGUGAAGAUAGAGUGGGCAUCACCGUACAGCGGAAAUUCUCCGAUAAUAGAGUACACAGUGCAAUGGAAAGAAAACAAAAACAGGUGGCAGGAUAGUUCUAUUGCCAAUAUUUCUGUGCACGGUUCUGAUUCGAUGACAACAAUAAACGAUUUACGGCCAAUGACUGUCUACGAUUUUCGAGUUCGAGCAGUCAAUAGCUUAGGAACAAGUGGAUUCAGUGAACCAGUUCGUGUAAAAACAGAUGAAGAAUCUCCUGGUGGACCUCCUAUCAACGUCCAAGCUGAACCUACCAGUUCACAAUCAGUGAAAGUUUCCUGGAAGCCACCACAUCCAGAGGUGAGGUUCGGUGAACUAACAGGCUACUACAUUGGCUACAAGAUAGCGGGAGCAUCGGAUUCCUUCGUAUAUAAAACGUUAAGCCUGAAUGAUAAAGCUACAGUGGAAGAAACACACUUGACCAAUCUCCGUCGUUUCACCAAAUACAAAGUCGUAGUCCAGGCUUUCAACAACAAAGGGGCUGGACCACCUUCAGACGAAGUUUUUGUACAGACUUUUCCAAAUGAUCCUCCCGUGUCACCUAAGUUAAACGUCGUUGGCUCCUCUACUUCCAAUAUUCGACUAUCGUGGGAAGGGAACACUCUGAGUAACGAUCCUGUUUCCGGUUAUCUCCUCUAUUAUAAAUCUAACAAUGAAGAAUGGAAAGAAAGGUCACUCCCUGGAAAUAAUAAGAAAUACACAGUUGAAGGCUUAAAUUGCGGAUCUCAUUAUCAGCUCUAUCUCCUGGCUUUCAAUUCCGCUGGAAAAAGCGAACCCAGUGAACUAAUUAGCACAAAAACUGAGGGCAUGGCUCCCGUUGCACCCGAAAAACAGUCCUUAUUGGUCACCAACAGGACUUCCGUCACAGUCCUUUUAACUUCCUGGCAUGACGGUGGCUGUCCAAUAGAAUCCUUUAGUGUCAGCUACAAGGUCCACACAGAAGAUUCCUGGAGGACUGUGUCCAGUAGCAUUUCCGGGGACCAGAAACAGGUAACCAUUCCAACUUUAAUACCUGGAACUCGAUACGAAGUGAAAAUCACUGCUCAGAACAAGGCCGGCUCUACGGAGGCUGAGUACUCUUUUGUCACAGUAUCUACGUCAAAGAUGUUCUCGACGCCUAUCCCAAUACUUAUUGGAGAAAAAGUUCCAUUUUAUCUGGAUUUAAAUAUUAUCCUGCCUACUGGAGUGUCCUUUGUUGUGGUGGUCGUGGUCAUGUUCUUGGUCUCUGCAAUCGUUCGGCGACGCAGCUCCUCUGAAAGCUCAAUAAGUGGAAGUUCGGUGUAUAACUGUCGGAAAAUGCAGACUCGCGAAGCUGUCCAGCUAAGUAGUCUAGAUAACCAGAACUCCAUCAAAAAAUCCUCAGCUUCACCUAGUCGAACUAAAUCUUUCACGUAUCCACAGCCUUAUGCUACUACCCAGCUGUCUGGGUCAGAAGACAAGAAGUUGGGUGAUGUCGACGAUUACAGCUUAGCUAAAGACGAACCUUUGUAUGCUACUGUGAAGCGCACUCCUAGGCCUCCUCGAUCAGAGGUUCAUUUGUAUGACUAUGAAAGUUCAGCACAACGUCUAUACGACGAAAGCCACCCCUCUACCAGUUACUGGAAAGGUAGCCAUGCAUUCAUUCGGAUAGAGGAGUAUCCGUCAGAAAAGUCUCUUGCAGCUCCUCCCAAACGAGUUGCUGCCAAAAAUCCUGGGAGGUCACCUUACAGAUGAAGUUUGAUCUAAUUAUUUUUAAUUACAAAGAUCUCUUAAAGGAAAUGUACACCAUGAUUCUUUGUCAAGAUGAUGGUUUUUGGACACAUUCAUAAUCAUCAAGGAUAAUCUAUUGGAAAAUAUAUCAACGAGAAAAUUAAUUAAAGUUAUUAUCAAUGUGCCAAUUGAAAUGUUGUGUGUAACGAUUUUUUAUAUGCUUAUGUACAUCAGAUGCACAAACUGUUCAGAUAUUAUAAUAUAUAUCAAGGAAACGAGAUAGUGAUCAGUCACUACAGGGGGCGUUCUACGUCUCGAAAAUAGUUGCAGGUAGUGUGACAUUGCAAUUUUUGUUCAAUGGUAAUUAAUUAAAUAUCCUCUGUUUAUAUAUGUGGUGUGUACGUGCGUUAAGAUAACCACACUUUCUAAUAGCAGAAAUAAGUUUUAUUUUGGUUUUUCUGUGGAAUAUGUGAUACCUUUGUUAGUUUUAUUUAUCCAAGGUUCUCAUAAUGUUACACUACAUACCACCUCGACUUUUACUUAACUCUUCUGGUUGUUGACACAGUCUCCACAGUGGUGAACUUGACAUCUAGUCAUUGGUGUCAGUACUAUGUUAGUUAUCACUUAGAUUGUUUGAGUUGGCCGCUUGAUGGCGCUAAGAUCAUGGUACAGUUUUAGCAGCAUUGUUAUUUAUGCAACUAAAAUAACUUACAUUCCAGUCAUCAGAAAUAUUCACAGUGUUUAUUUAAAACGAACACUCUUU